GUGCGCUCGGUAUCCAAGAGUUACGCGCACCUAGUAUAUCCACGGACUUUGGAACGCACAGGCCCACAAAACCAGUGAAUGGAAAAGGAGAACUUUGCAAUUCCAGGCCGGUUUCCAGAUUGGAAAGUCGACCGAAAUUCCAAAGAUCUGUGUGCCAUUUCAACUUCGACAAAGAUAGUAUAGCUACGCUUAGACAAGGAAAUUCAAAGAGCUUUUGGUAAUCCCACUUGAAAAGUCAGACCUACUAUAUAGUUCAAGAAACAAAUUGAACGUCAUCCCAGCAACCAUGGACUAACCAUGACUGUCGUCGGAACAGACGACUCUUAUGCUUCAAGAGGGCCCGUUUUCCCCAAGAUCCUAUAUGAACACACUCGCCGACCUCAACGCCGGCCUCCGCUUCAACCGUGGUAGUACAGGACAGAACUUGGCUCACAUCAUGCGCAAGGAGUUGGUUGGGUGGUCCAUCUUCUCUGCACCAUUUGGAACAUAUCAUCGACAAAGCUGAGGGCGGACAAAGAGAGCACCACCAACCUCAAACCUCGUGGAGGACGAUGGUUGGGCGGGAGAGGACGAAGACGAGGAAGACGAAGACAAGCACACGAGGAGGAAGGAAUAUCCGCUUAGUUCUUUUUGUUCAAGCUUUAGUAGUGAAGAGUGAGUAGGCCUGGUCGAGCGAGUGGAGAGACGAAGACAGACCCAGGGCCAACAAUAACAACACCGCACACAACCAACCAUUCAACAAGGAAAGUGCUUGGGAGGUCAACAAUUUGAAUGAGGACAUUCUCCACCGCCAACGAGGCUAAUUGACCAGUGGUGCCAAGAGUGGUUUAUGCUCAUGUCGCCAAUGUUGAACAUGGUCCAGUUUCCCCGGGACUGUUUGUCUGGAAUCGCUGACUGGAGUUCCAAUUUAUAGUCGUUCCAAUUCUGUGUGCCAGUACAAAUAAUGAGAUUGGAACAGUUUCCCUGAGAGUGGACCAAAGCUGGAGGCUUGGGAAAGAAGGGUCCAAUCAGUAUUCUCUUUAACAAUUGGACGUGCCCUGAAAUGCCUUCUUGACCUUGGAUUCACUGUAGAACCCCGGGCCGAAAACUGACAGCCCGGGCCCAUAAAUUGUCUUUAUGGCCUAGCCUUCAAGUUCUUGCCCCUUUCUGAAACUUCAUAAGCCGCCAAAAUGAUCUCCCGAUCCAGUUCCUCGUACCAGCCUUUAGAGAAGCAAAACCAAUCCAGCCGGAAGAACAGCAUUGAGGAGAGUGAAGGUCAUGAGCUGACCAGCAUAGCUGUGAUCUCCAGUCAUCCUCUACGUUCCAAUGCCCAUCCAACGGUUAAUACCACCGCUGUGUCCAGUGCCAACCAUCACCAUGACUUGGAUUUCACCAUGUUCAAGUCCGAAGAGAAGACCCAAUGGACCAACUUUCAUUUCGUGAUGUGCAUUGGCAUCAUCGGGUUCUUCGUGUUCUGGGUCAUCCUCCUGGGAAAAAUGUACCUGCCACCUGAGCUUCGCGUUUGGGGCCUGAUAUCUUCGGGCUGGAACGGGAUGGUCAAGUUCACUCUGGGGGAGAGUAAUGCGGCCAAUUCGACCUCGAACU